GAAAAGGUACUUUUAUAUUCCGGAGUCGGACUUAUUUCGAAGUCCGGCUGUCCACCAUGGACUCCGACUGUUCGGAUUUAUUCAAAUCGUUGAUCGUUCACGAUUAGGCCCGUUAGAAGGUUAGAGCGAUUUCAAUCGUAGCUAGAAGGAAUCUGCGUUCGCAUAAUGCGGGAUGACGAUGCAGACCGAGUGCUGGACGCGGAGCAGUGGCGGCUGGAAGUCCAGGCGGUAAUCAACGAUGUGAAAAAGCAUGUGCAGGACUUAAGGGUGUCCGAGCAGCUGACCAGCACGAACCAGGUCAUCUACCUCAACCUAAUCACGCUGGAGGGUCUACGAUUUUGCGUGGAACUAUCGGCCGCCGGCUUUGCCAUCGUCGGCAAUCGGCACGACGACACAUCGAACGCGAGCAACGAGCGUUUUGAGACGCCCUAUAGCCUCCUGAAUUUCGUCAGUCCGCAAUACAGGAAUUCCUUCGGAAACGCACUGUUAGAUAAACUGAAGGAACUGAGCGAUAAACAGUAGAUCUCGAGAGAUAACAGAAAAAAAGCAAUCAUUGCUUUUUAGGUUGUUGUUUAGGUUAAGAGUUAGGUUAGGUUAAGUGCGUUUGAUCUUCCAGUGAGCUCUAUAAUGUACUGGAGCAUGUUCCUUUAUUUUUUCUUGUUACGCCCAGAAUUUUGGCUGCGUUUUCUUUAUAUUAAAUUAUCGAAAACUGUAGUUCGACGAUCGAGAAGAAAGGCAAAGAAAUACUUGUCUUUUUUACUUUUUUCUGCGAAUAGUAUUAGCCAAUCAGCAGUCUCUGACAAAGAAAACAGUAUAAUCUUUUAUUAUCAGAGUGUCAUUGUUUAAGAAUUGGGACACCCACGCUCCUCAAUGGUAUGCUCCAGUAUAUUAUAGAAUUCACUGAAUCCUCCAGUGCUGACGUAGGUCUGUUAAACUCAAUUAUAAAUCUCUUUGUAAAAAAAACG